ACCGUGAAAGGCUCCACUAUACCUAUCCAUGCAGCAACUACCAUCCUAUUUUGGAAGGCAUCACGGAAUUGCAAGUAAUCGCUCCAUUAGCUAUUUCCGGAGCAUAUAUGAUAUUAAUGAAGACGUGACAAAGACGGCGUACUGAUGAAAAAGAAAGUUGCACUGAAGACUAUUCUGAAGCAAUUUCCAGGCAUCUCGGACCAUAUAGCUGAGGAUAUUUAAUAUAUAUGAUAUAAGCGAGUCUCCGUGGAAAUAAAUUGUGGAAAUAUAUUCGUGCGAUAGACUGAGCUGAGCAGCCGACAGUAAAAGAAGCUCCUAGUAUUUCUUAUUGUCCUGGAGUUUGCACUGUUUAAAAAGAGAUCUGAUUAAAAAUGGAGUGUAGCAAACCGAAUUCGUGACAAUUAUACUAUACCUUAAGAAGAACAUUGAAUUCGUUUUUUGUUAUAUUUCCCGCGUGUCCUUUUUCGGAAUUAUCUCUCGCGGAUCGCAUAAGUAAAUUUCAAAAUGGAUCACGAAGAUGGGAGAUGAGCCGAAUCUCUGGAGAAGGGAAAUAGACAAAAGAGAACUCUAUCGGGCAGGUGGCCGAUGACAGGAAAAGACUGAAACUUGUGCUACGAAAAGAAAAACCAAGAUGGAUACUGACGAGGGUCAUGGGGUCACCCUGUUCGAAGACCAGCUCAACCUGGACCACCUCAAGGAGCUCAUGUCGCAGUUUGCCGUCCACCAACCCACGGACGAGAUGCCCGACGACGGCACCUACUCCCCUGGUCGUAUCAUCAGGAGAGAGGCGGGAAACGUGACCCUGGGAGAGUUCAAAAAUAUGGUCAGGAGUCUGCUGAAAUCGUCUGACUGGGAUGCGCAUCUCGAAGCACUCUUUGCAAAGGUUGACACGUCAGCAGACGGUAUGGUGGACUGGAACGAGUUCGUCACCUACAUGUUGCUGCAUUACAGAGAGAAUGAUAACAUGAAACUGAGGAAGAACGUGGUCUUCAACAAGGAGCCCAAGAUAAGACACAUCGCACAAAACAAACAAGACAUCGUAUGGUGUACGAUCGUUCUGGAGAACCCGUGUCGUUAUGUCACCCUUAGCAAGGAGGGGACCCUGUGCCUCUUCGACGAGAAUCUCCGCCUGGAGAACUGCCUGGAGAUCAAGGACGGGAUGGAGGAUUCACGCAACGGAUCCAAGAGACGCUUCAAGACCUGGUACAGCGACAUCGUCUACAUGGCCAAUGUGAACAUGCUGGCUGUCGGAUCCAACAGCAGAACUAUCCGCUUCUGGGAUAUCGUCAACGCGAAGACCUGCUUUGAACAGUUUAAUCUUUACGCUCUGAGUGACAUUCCGUCGUGUUUGGACUACUGGUACGACAAAAAGAACCCCUCUGGUGAGUCCCUGUUGGUGGUGGGUACUGACAAGGGAUCCAUUAACCUCUUCUAUUUCCUCAAACCUCAAGAGAAGAUCUUCGAGACGCCCUUCAAACCAGAAGACACUGUACAGAAAAUAUGGAUGCACAACAUCUGCCAGCAUCAUAAGUACGUUCGUCACGUGGUCCUUCCUAACGUCCACGCCGAGGACAUCCGCAAGGUUCGGUACCUCCCCGACAAGGACUUCAUCCUCUCAUCGAGUGGGUGCAGGAAGACACCCCUCAUCAUGAUGGACAUCCAAGGGAAGAAAAAGUCCUACACCUACAAACUCAGCAAGGGAGUGGAAUGUUUCGAUUACAAUCGCACCAUGAACGUGAUCGCGACAGGUGGUAUUGAUCACGUGGUACGUCUGUGGAACCCGUAUGUUCAGGACAAACCCAUCGCCUUUCUUCGUGGUCACACGAUGGCGGUCGUAGGCGUGGUCAUCAACGAACGCUUCAAGCACGUCUACAGCUUCGCAAAAGACGGGGUUGUAAAGAUUUGGGACCUUUACGAGUACACAUGUCUCCAGACGGUCAGUGUGAGAUUCGCCUGCCUACAAAACGCGCGAAAUCCAGAAUUUGGCAUGGUCAGCCUAGUUUUAUACCAGGGUCGACAAUUGAUGGCGGCAUGCGCAGAUUAUAUAGCUCUUCUGAGUCUUGGACGUAACAAUGCUUUAGAGAGACGAACACCCGUCACACACGAGACUCAGCUCUGCUGCACCGUGUACAACUCAUUCUUCAAAAUGGUUGCUACAGCGGCAGACGACUCGUCCAUCUCGAUAUGGAACGUGGAAACUGGCGCCAAAUCCUUCACCAUCCCAGAGGCUCAUGGGAACGAGGAGAUCACGUGUCUCACCAUCAGCACGACGGGAAGGAAACUGUACUCAGGAGCAAGAAAUGGAACCAUUAAGGUUUGGAGCUUUCAGAACGGUCAUAGCAUCCACGAAUGUGAGAGCGUAGGCGAUGACGAGAUCACGGGUCUCAUCUCGGUCGGGAAGAAGAAAGGUUUCCUAAGCGUCGGGUGGAGCCGGAAGAUAGUCCAGUACCAAGAUGGAGACUGUGAUACGAGCUUUCUGAAAGCAGACACCAACUGGAAGGGCGGUCAGGUCCACAAGGACGACAUCCUGGCCUUCGACUACAGUCCUCCCAGUCUCCUAGCAACGGCAAGCUUCGAUGGAGAGAUCCUCAUCUGGAGUCUGGAGACACAGAAGAUCUCGGUCAGACUUCGGAGAGGACAACCCACUAUCAUAAGCCAGAAGUUGAAAGCCGUCCUGAGUAUGUUAGGUGUCAACCCCUUUGCUAUCAAGAAGAAGAGUAAUGACAUGGACUUGACCUCAGAAGAAAGGUCAAAGGUCAGAUCUAGACCAAACUCGAGACACAGGAGGACUCACAAGCAACCGGAAGGGUUUUCCCAAGCCCCUGUUGAGAAACUUUUGUUUCUUGCAUCUCGCCUCUCCGGUGGAAUGUCAGACAGUGCUGUGUUAGUUUCAAGUGAGGCUGGACAUCUUCACUUCUGGGCUAUCUACGGUCAAAAGAGACACCACAGAGGGUCGUUCUAUUCGAGUGACUCUGCUAAAGAGGAGGAGUCUGUGCUAGCCCUGAGCACCAAUGCUGAUAAUUCCUUGCUCAUCACCGGUGAUACCAUGGGACAUGUCUAUAUAUGGGGCAUUGCGAACCACUGUAUCUAUGCUACAAAUGUGGAGGACAAUAGCCGACCACCCCUGAUCAAGAGCUGGAAGGCACAUGACGCAACUGUGGUCAGUGUGGAGUACAUCAACCACAGCUGUGGUCAGUUCAUACUGACCGCCUCCACCGACUUCACGGCCAGACUGUGGACCAUCGAGGGUCACUUCGUGGGAACCUUCGGCCAGACCAUGAACUGGGACUUGAUGAACCCCAACACUUAUGAACAUCCAAAUGAUCCCUGGACAGAUGACCAGCCGCCGCCCCAGGAGAAAGAUAUUUUGUCCGAAGGAGGAUCAUCAGAUGAAGAGGACGAUGAUGUCUUUGACGAUGAUGAUGUCAAGGUGGAAGACAUCACCCUACCACCAGAAGACACCGCCGGCAACACCGAACUGACCAAGGCAAACCUUGCUAUGCUACCAGGAUCCAAACCCAUCCCACUGAGCAGACGAUCGAGCGCGGGAAGCGGCGGGAGGGCGGGAAAGUCAAGCAGCUCAGAGAACAGCCGAAAAAGCGGAGGUCAUUCUCUCCUCGAUAUGAACUUGAAUUCGAACCUGGUUGGAAAUGCCAAUGCAACUGGCCAUACCAGCAGUCCCAUUCUAGUCCCAGUGAUCAAACCGCAGGCAUCAUCGAGAUUGGAUUCUGUGACCAGCCCUAGCAAUGGCAAGAAGGAAAUAGGUAGCAUGCCCGCCAUUGCAAAGUUACUUGUUUCUGCGUCAGCGCCUGAGCCUAAAACGGGAUUCUUCGCGACGCAACGGGAUCAAAGCACCCUGUCCUCGACAAGUCGGGUGACUCGCAGUUCUGAUAAUGCAGCACCGGCCGGACCACAAUCUCAUACGGCCAACCCUCUCCCACCAAUCUCCAAGUCACUAGGUGCGCUAUCCGAAGAGGCUGAAGGUGCAGGGGGUGACGAAAGUAAGGUUGGUACCAGGAAGAAAUCGAACAAUGAUGUGAUGGUCAGACAUUCUGGCCAGUCUGUCCAAUCGGAGGACAGUGCGGGUCAGAACGGACCAAUCAAACGGCGGAAGGGGAUGAUGAAUCGAAUGGAUGACGACGUGGGACGUGGAACCGGAAGCCAGGGGUCAAGGAGUGUCUCAAGUGCCCGACAUAGCAACAAAGGGAACCUAGAGGAAAUGAAGCUGAGCUCAAGAUCAAAUACGAGUCUGCUGGGUCGACACGUUGAUGAGGGUCUAGCGCGGAUCACCAACAGUCGUUCAGAGAGACGCCAGAGGUUCGGCGACAUUGAUGUAUCCAGAGUGUCAAGGUUCGGCAAGAUAUGCGCUCCUUUUCAAGCCCUGGCAACGCAGUCCACCAAAGCCGUCGAGUUCCCGUCCACCCUGCCGAUGACCCAGCGUAUGAAACAGCGAGGGGUCUCAUGCAGCAACGAGACUGACCUUCAGAAUUUGACCUUGACCCCUCUUCAGCUCGAGUUCAAGAGUGAAAGGUCGUUUCAUCACCAGGGUGGAGAAAGCGGAGGUGCAAUCGCGGGUGUUCGGAGGGCCACGCUAUUAGAGCCGCUGCCGAACGCGCACACUGGAAGCCCCGGCAAGAAAUGAAAUGUCCACGAGCAAAGCCAGAAAUGCUUUUGGAUAAUUAUCUCUUUCUUAGUCAUUUGAGCGACAUUUCAAAUGUCUGAUUCGCUGGUAUCUACACACCUUGAAACAAAUUGGAAUAUGAAUUGUGUUUAUAUGUUUGAUUAUUCCCGUGUUU